GAUCAGAAUCGAGUGACGCUGGAUUAGGACACAGGCUGUCCCGGCGACUGCUUUGCUGAAUAAUUGAUCCUUGGGCCUGUGACCGGUUAAGAAUGAGGAAGGCAUCGCUGAUGGUUUGGAUCAGCCUUUUGGUGCGAGUGUCCCAUUGUGCUCAGGGUCAUUAUGCUCAUAAACUUCUAAACGACCUGAUGGAGAACUACUCCAAUGCUCUGAGACCCGUAGAGGACACAGACAAAGCCCUCAAUGUCUCCCUGCAGAUCACCCUGUCACAGAUCAAAGAUAUGGAUGAGAGGAAUCAGGUGUUAACCACAUACCUGUGGAUCAGGCAGGUCUGGCAUGAUGCCUACCUGAAGUGGGACAAGGAGGAAUAUGAUGACCUAGAAAUGAUCAACAUCCCCAGUGACCUGGUUUGGAAGCCCGACAUUGUCCUCUAUAACAAAGCAGAUGAGGAGUCGUCAGGUCCAUCCAACACUAACGUGAAGCUGCGUUACAACGGAGAGAUCAUCUGGGACUCUCCGGCCAUCACAAAGAGCACGUGUGUGGUGAACGUCGCCUACUUCCCCUUUGACUGGCAGCAAUGCAAUCUCACAUUUGGCUCCUGGACCUACAAUGGAAACCAGGUGGACAUCAGUUUGGGCAUGGACACCGGGGACCUGUCUGACUUUGUGGAGAACGUGGAGUGGGAGUGUCACGGCAUGCCAGCGGUUAGAAACGUCAUGAUGUAUGGCUGCUGUUCCGAUCCUUACACUGAAAUCACCUACACCCUGCUCCUGAAGAGGCGCUCCUCCUUCUACAUCUUCAACUUGCUCCUCCCCUGCUUCCUCAUCUCCUUCCUGGCCCCACUGGGUUUCUACCUUCCAGCCGACUCGGGGGAGAAAGUUUCCUUGGGGGUGACGGUUCUGCUGGCGCUCACUGUGUUCCAGUUGUUGGUGGCUGAGAGCAUGCCUCCUGCAGAAAGCAUGCCCUACAUAGGGAAGUACUACAUUGCCACCAUGACUAUGAUCACAGCAUCCACUUCUCUCACCAUCUUCAUCAUGAACAUUCAUUUCUGUGGUGCUGAAGCCAAACCAGUCCCUUACUGGGCUAAGGUGCUCAUCAUUGACUACAUGUCAAAAAUCUUCUUUGUCUAUGAAGUCGGGGAGAACUGCACCACGCCAGAAAGCAAGAGGACCCCGCUCUACCCAGAGGAACCAAUGGGUGAUAAGAGCUGCUACCAUGACGACCGCUUCCAUGAUGGGUUCUACUAUACUGACAGUGAUCCAUACAAGUACAGCAAUGGCAAUGGCGUACAUCAUCACAAAAACCAUCACAAAAGACAAGCAAAUGGCAACACCAACAGCAGGCAUCACCAUUACAACAACCAUAACAAUCACGCUUCCAGGCUGGAGAGGGGUGAGGCAAAGCAUGAGCCCACUCAGCGGUACCACCACAUCAGGAGGGAUGAACUAGAUUACCAGGCUCCUCGACAUCCACUGCACCUCCAACACCUAAAUGGGGGGUUUAAGGAGCAGAUCCUCUAUUCCUCAGAGAAGAUUCAAGUCCCUGCCUGUCCCUGCUGCUGCCCCUGUAUCCAACAUAAACAGGUGGUUAAGAACAUCGAGUACAUUGCAAACUGUUUCCGCGAGCAGAGAGCCACGUGCAUCAAGGUAGCAGAGUGGAAGAAGGUUGCCAAGGUGAUGGAUCGGUUUUUCAUGUGGAUCUUUUUCGUCAUGGUCUUCCUCAUGAGCAUUCUCAUCAUUGCCAAGGCGUCUUGAUAGCUUCUUCUUCUUUUCAUCAACACUAAACCUCCAGUCUUGUUACACCUCUGUUCGACCUUAAUGCAACGUGAGACAAAUGAAGACUAUUUUGUCUGCAAGAAAACCGUGUUUCAUGUCAGUAUUGUGUGUGUCUGUGUGUUUGUGUGCAUGCAUGUGAGUGUUUGUCUGGGGUUUUUGUUUUGUUUUGACGUAAAGAAGACGAGGUCACUGCACGCAAAUCAUCCAUUUAACCACACGUGUGCACAGAAAGCCUCUCGGUUAGUUUAUGUAAGAUCUGCUUGCAUGUGUCACAGAGCAGUGGAGCGGUAAGACAAUCUAGGCCUUGCCUUGAACAUGCAUGGACUCUAUUAUUGAUGAGCUAACAGCCAAACAUCCAGCUAUAGGCAUUACAUUUCUUGCCUUAGGUUUUAAGCAACCAGAGGAUGCUAUUUUCCAGAGUUGGUUACGAUGUGGGAGGGAGCACCAAGAGGAAAACCUGAAAUACUUUUGAAUCAGUGUAAAUGUCGACGUCACGGCCUAUGAUGAAUCACAUCUGUCCUUAUAGACACUAUCACUGGUAGAUCAUGUAAGUUAAUGCUGUUAAAGCCACAUGAAGCUGACAUUGGUUUACAAGUUCUCCAUACUUGAAGAGAAAUGGUAAAUGUUUACCUCCUCACAAAGACUUUUAACACACUAUCUGACCUUAGUGAUACUUUUUCACAAUAAAGGGUGAUGCACUCUACCUUAUUGCUAAUUUACACUUUGCUCAAUGACACAAUUAAAAAUAAACCUUUGAUAUUGUGUUAUUAAAAAUGAUUGUUGCUCA